UACUGUAAACGAAAUCAUUUUUGCUUUACAAUAAUUGUGGAAUUAAAUUUAUUCAUCAGUCUGUCAAAUGCUUGUAGUUUGAUUGAUGCACGUUGUUAGGUUACCUGAAGCUUCAUGAUUUGUUGUAAAGUUACGUUUACUGAGAAAGCUUUUCUUUUUUCUAAUUACAGAGGAAUGAAGAAGUUGUUUCUACCUAAGACACAGAUAUCCCACUGCAAAGUGUUCACGAUUGUUUAUAUUUUUUAUUCAAUGUGUCUGGUCUAUAGAUUGUUAGGGCGUGCAUGAUGUGUGCGCGGGCGCAGCAGCGCGGCCGCGGCGUGAGUGCGUCAGUGCAGUGUCGCGCGCCACGAGUGUCGGCCGCACGCGAGCAUGUUCCCCGCGCAGGCGCUCGCCGCCGCCGCCGCCGCGCUGCUCGUCGCCGCGCACGCAGAUUCUGACAAUGUUGGUAUAUUUAACAGUUUAGCUCAACAACUAUCACAGCGCCGUUUGACGUUAAGAAGUAAAGCAGCCAUGCCCCCGGGAUGCCUGUACGAGGGCCGGUGGUUCUCGGACGGCGCGCUGGUGACGACGCGCGAGGAGUGCCUGCGCUGCCUGUGCGUGCACAACGCGCUGACGUGCCGCCGCCGCGCGUGCGCGCCGCUGCCCGACCCCAUGCCGCGCCGCUGCCACGUCAGGCAUCGCCGGGGCUCCUGCUGCCCUGAGAUGCACUGCCCAGAUGGUGUGACUUACACAGAACACGGCGCGGUGGCUCGCUUCGAGAAUGAGGAGGCAGCAGACGUCUCGACACCGUCCUCACUCAGCCACGCGUGCGUGGAGGGCGGCACGGUGUACGCGGCGGGCUCGGCCAUGGGCUCCAGCACGGCGUGCGAGCAGUGCUUCUGCCUGCAGGGCGCGCGGCGCUGCGUCCGGCCCUCGUGCCUGCCGCCGCCGCCGCACUGCGCGCCGCGCCCCGCCGCCGGCGCCUGCUGCCCGCAGCGCUACUACUGCGACCGCUCCGACGAACAACAUCUAUCUCAUGAAUUUGAUUGUCUAGUGGAUGGUCAGUGGGUAAAGGAGGGCGCUAGUGUGCCGAGCGGUGGCAACUGCUCAGCCUGCUUCUGCCUGCACGGCUCCGUGCGCUGCCAGGCCAUGAGCUGCGCGCCGGCGCUGAGCGGCUGCCGGCCGCUGCUCGCGCUCGGCGACUGCUGCGCGCACCAGUACAUCUGUGACCAUAAUAAACAUAAGCACCCAUCGAGUCAAGUAAUAGAAAACUCUAUGGUCUCUACGAAGUACGACAAUCGAGCGCUUCACCUUUCGAAAUCGAGCAAGAUCGAAAGUACUACCCAGACGAUAACUGGAAUAUACACAGUGAAGGAUACACCAACCGCGACAGCUACUAAAAACCACUUGAUAACCACCACUAAAGUUAAAAGAAAAACUAGCGAACCACCCGCAAGACUCAGUCCAAACACAGAACAAAAUACUAAUAGAACAUCCAGCACCGGCAAUCUUACUACUACUGUAGACCCAGUCACCUCCGGUAAACUGGUAGAAACUACCAGUGAAGUAACUUCUGAUAAUACCACGGAACAACCCGAAGGAACAGUUAAAAUUGUCAUUAACGGAACUAUUAACUGCACUGCCGAACUGUCAUCCACAUCAUUACCUUUAAGCAUCCCCCUUAACGACACUGAAAGAAUACAAAUGGAAGCCAUGCCGAGAGUACCCAUCGUUAACAUAGAAGCCCAGACUUACUCCCCUAACGAUAUCAUCACUGAUAGAAGCGUUAACGGCGGCUUUGAUGAAAACGAUACAUUCACCAUAAACGUGACCAGCUCCCUCAUGACCAACACCAGCCACUCCACCACCAGACCGGUGAUGACGGUGUCGAAGAUACCGGCGCCCUCCGACUCGGUCGAUACUUUUAAUAGUUCAAAGAAAACGAAAGGGGACUAUGAUUACGAUUAUACUGAACCGACACUGCCUCCAUCAUUGCCUAAUUUAAAAAUUAUACCGUUUGUGGCAGCCGAUGCGGUGGUCGACGACGAACCGACAAAAGACGCCAUCACAUACCCAAUAUUGGAGCGAGAGGACAAGUUUCCCGUGUACUAUCCUAGUGGUGACUCAAAGGAGCCAUACCCAACCAGACGAGAGGACAUCUACAAUCCUACGCAGUAUCCAGUAUUCAUAUCGGAGAAAGUGGAGCCUUCCUACCCAACUAUAACACAAGACGUGGACUUAACCAGUCACAGGUACCCAGUGCAGAGUGAUCUGGGAGUCCAUGAGUACACCGUGUCGACGUCGCUGGGAAGCCACUUGUCUGAAGCUAAGGCCGUCACCAACGUACCCACCACCAGUUCUACAUUUGAAUUAGAGACUCCGAGUGUCAAUUUAUUUUCGCCACCUGUGGAGACCGAAGGUGGGUUUGUACCGAAAGGUCCGGGUAUCCUAGACGAGUACUUCACAGUUUACGCGAGCACGCCCCCGGCUGCGUCUGUGCCGCAUCUUACUACUUCUAUGCAACUUGAUAUAACUAAAGAUUCGUGUACGACGGAGGACCAGCGCUCGGUAGCCGAGGGUGACUCCGUGGAGAUCCGCUGCUCGACAUGCACGUGCCAAUGGGGCGAGCUGCGGUGCAGGCCGAGCCAGGACCCCGCCUGCCUUAUAGAUAAAAAUACAAAUACGUCGAAAAAAGAAGAAAAAGUUAAUGAAACUAAGGUUGUACAGAAGAAUGAGUCAUCACCAGUCACUCUUGAUUUUACUGGAGCUGAUGUUGCUGGUAAUAAAGACAUGGUGACUACCGAGAAGGCAAUUGUAAAGGAUGUCAAUGAAAAGAUCGCUAGUACUAAAGUAUCAUCGACUCAGACUGAAUCAGUUCCAACUACAACUCUUGCUCCUAGUACCACUCCAAAACCUGUUGUUAAAGUUACAACAACUACAACUACACCAACACCCAUCAAGGAGGUCAACGAUACCUCACAAGAGUAUGAUGAUGACGACGAUGAUGAAGGAUUCUCGUUGGGAAGUAUGCUCAAACUGCUGCUGAGUGAUACCUAUGAGUCGACCACUGCCGCCCCGACCAAAAAGAUUACCAAUGCACCUUCCAGUAAACCCACACCUGUUAUCACAUCCACUAGAAGACCACCUUCUGUUGCACCCUUCAUACCCCUUCCUCCACAACCCUACAUACCUCAAAAAGCGCCAAACAUGGUAAAUAGAAUUGACCACCUGGUGCUCGGAGAAGCAACGGCCAUAAAACGGACCACCCCUCGACCGAUCACAAAUAAGACCACUAAGCGGCCGGUUCCAAAGACCACGACGGAGAGGCAACCUGAAAUCAAAGAAGUAUCCGACUCGUUUAAGCCUGUGGCGCACGAAGGUCCGCGGCCUCCGAACCUGGGGGGACUCCCAGGAGUAGGGGCAGGCCUUCUGAAGCUCGCCGGCUGCAACAUCUACGGCAGGAUGUACAGGGUUGGCAGGAUCAUCGCGGAGCUGUCGACGCCGUGCCAGGAGUGCUGGUGCACGGAGCUGGGCGUGCAGUGCAAGCCACUCGGCUGCUGAGCACCGAACAUUAGAAUUUACUGUAAAGCGUGUGAUUGUGUGAUUAGUUUUAUUUCCGCGGAAUAUUUGCUCAUCACCGGACAAUUUGUGAACGAUGUGGCCAUUUUAAUUAAUUUAUAUAAUAAUAAUAUUAAAGGCUACAUUGUGGAUAAAACAAAAUUAAAACAUUUGGAUUCUCCUAAAUCACAUAAAAUGUUUAGCAUAGGUAAAUUAAAGUAGGUCAAAUGUUAUCGACGGUCGCCUCUCGUCCGGUAGUGAUUGUUUAUAUUCUUUCAGAAGGUUUAGUUAAAGUAUUUAUUUUAUACAAAAAAGCCGGCAAUGAUCUCAUACGAAAUAGACUACCAUAGACUUGAUUGUUUACUCAGAAUAAUUAACGCAUGUAGUACACAUGACUACAGGUCACAACUCAUAAGAUGUAAAGUAAUUGGGAAUAUUGACUGAUGUAAACUGCAAACAGGUAAGUAUCAGACACUCCUCGUGUUUAGGACUCGGUGUCGCUCCGCAGCGCCCUCUCGCAGCCGGCAGCGGCGUUACAUGAUAGCCCCGUGUUAACACUUGUUCUUAGAGAAUAUUAUAGUUCUAUAUAAUACCUAGUAUUAUUUAGUUAAUAAAUCGAUAUAAAUAUUAAA